UGACCCUCCUACGUCAUUUGCAGCAAAACGAAGCAUGGCCGCGGAGGGCGAGAAGAAACCGGUCCUAGAGAUGGUCCAAGCUGAUGGGGCAGAUGACGGCUGUGUGACGUUUGUGAUGCACGAGGAGGACCAUACACUUGGAAACUCUUUACGUUACAUGAUCAUGAAAAAUCCUGAGGUGGACUUUUGUGGCUACACCAUCACACAUCCUUCAGAGACUAAGAUCAACUUUCGUAUCCAGACUCGAGGAAACAUCCCAGCAACUGAAGCAUUUCGACAGGGCCUGACUGAUCUGAGUGAAGCUUGUCAACAUGUUCUCAACACUUUUCAGGCACGAGUAAAUGAGUUCAAAGAAACACAGGGGCAGCCCACAGAAUGACUGACAGUGCAGCGGUGACCUGGCAAAACAUCUGUAAAAAUUUAGUUUUUUAUAAUUCCUCAAAUGUUUUUCUAUGGAUUUAUGUGAGUGUAUUAUUUGUACAGUUGUGCGUUUUGUUUUUUGAAUGAAUAAUAAUAAUGUCUUAAAAAUGUUUGCUCCUGUUUUUUCUCUCAUUACCUCCAGCAAAAAUAAGAUGACACCAGUAUCUGAUAUUAUAUAUGAUAUUUCCAGUUAUGGCUCAUAACCAAUGUUUGCCAAUAUUAAAAUCACCAUAUUACAAUCUACAUCUAGGCUCAUAAAAAUUCACUUCCUCAGAGCUCAGAUUUGUAAAUGUAAUUGCUUCAAUUUUUUGCCCCCUCAUCUUAUCAUAUUU